AUGGCGAUCCCUAGACCACGCUGUGAACCGUCACAACGCAUCUCCCGCAACGCUGUACAGACUGGAACACAAAUGACACCUAAGGCUCCUGCAACCCGAAUCUCAGAACAUGAAGUACUUGGUCAAGAGAGUACAAAGCCCAGUUAUGAAACUUUCAAUGAGAGGGACACGGAAGAGUCCGCUAGCUCUCAGGACAUCAUCACCAGCAAUGCAGUUCCGAGCCGAGUGCAUUCGAGAAUGACAGUAUCCGAAUACCACGAGAAUCAACCCCGUUUCUACUUUAAACGUUCUGCAUCUGGUGCACGGCGUGAGAUUCGCAAGCGCAUCUCCGAUCAGCCCUUUAAUUUCUCGAAUGAUCCACUCGAAUACCGCGACACGAUAUCUCGGAACGGUAGCAAUGCUAUUGUGCAUGCGAAGGAGUGCGAGGAUGCCCAUGGCAACAAAGAUUUUGUCGCUGUGAAAGUUAUGAACCUUUCGACUACAGAGGGAAGGAUCAAAGCUGAGAACGAGGUCGAAUUGAUGAAGAGGAAUUCUCUUCGUCACAAUCACAUUAUUGCUUAUCUCGGCCGUUACAAGUUAAAAGGCGACCCCGACAGACUGUACGUUAUGUCUUACCCUGUUGCGAAAUAUAAUUUGAAGCAACUACUGGAGGCCCCACUAGAAGGACCAGCUAAAGAUGAGCGCGAGAUAUAUCUGAGACGAUAUUUCUCUUGCAUAAGCGAGGCCUUGAAUUUUCUACACUCCAAUAAAGUCAAGCAUCGAGAUAUCAAGCCGGAAAAUAUUCUUAUCGACAAAUCCAACACUGUCUUGCUGACCGACUUCGACCUUUCCAAGCAGUAUUCGAACACGGAGAUCAUCUCCCAAGGCCCGGCUUCUCGUACGAUCAUGUAUUCACCAAGAGAGGUCGCCGACGCAAAACUACGGAAAGGGAUGGCAUCGGAUGUGUUCUCUCUAGGAUGCGUCUUCCUUGAGAUGACAAGUGUAAUACUGGGGCACCAUCCUAGCAACUUACACAGUGCGCUAGUCAGGUCAAAGCGUUCGAAUAUCAUAUACCACCAAGCUGUGAACGACGGAAAGGUUUCGCAUUGGGUGAAGAAUCUCGCAAAUCCAAAACAGAACGGCACAAAGCUCACAGGACAAGUAAAAGUGAGACAACCCCACGAGCCAUCUGCAGAGUUGGGAAUCAAUGAAACUCACCUCAAUACGAUCCUCAAUAUGAUGGAUGACGACCCAAAACGACGCCCCAAGAUGUCGGAAGUGCGAAGAAUUUUCAAAUCACUAGGGCAUAAGUGUGAAAGCUGCUCGGCCGCGAAGUCACUCUCCAAGCCAAAGGAACACCUCGACGAGGAUGUAGGGCAUAUCGAGUCGGGCGGAAUAUCGAAGAUCGGCGUCUGCAUACCAUCGAUGAAGAGAAAUUCUGGGAAGUUGAAGGCCGUCUGGUUUAUGAUAAUCUAG